AUGGCUUUAAUAUUAAAAACUGUUUUGUUACUUUUAUUUCAUUUAGUAUACGGUCAAAACACGCAGGACAUUGAAAUUAUUUUAUUACCAUUGUGGAAUGCGGAAGAUAGAUCAGAGGUACCUCUAAAUUUCAAAGCUUUUGAUCAUUCGAUUGAAUUAACAUUACAUAAAAACGGUAAAAUUAUAGCACCUCAAUUUCAAGUUUGGAAGCAUAGUGAUGCAGAUACUCUGGAAGAACUACCGGAACUUAAUAAACCAAUAUUGUGUCAUUAUCUUCAUAAAGAUAAUCUUAGUUCGGCAGCAAUAAGUCUUUGCGGAGAACAUGGAAUGUAUGGUCUAGUUUUUCUGAAGAAUAUUACAUUAGAAAUCAUACCUCUUCAAAGUCAGGAAAUCUUGUUUUUCGAUAAUAUUAAACGACGUUCAGAAACGUUGAGACAGCCUCAUAUCGUCAAAAGAACUUAUGGUCCUUUUAUGUUUUUCAAAGAUGAACUGAAAUAUUACAUUCCGGUUUAUGAUCACUUAAGGAAAAAAGAAGGAAAUCAGAACGGAGAACCACUUGAAAAUAUUUACAAAAAUUACAAGAACGAUGCUUUAACAUUGGAAUUAGCACUGUUCUUUGACGAGACUGGUUAUAAUCUUUUUUCACCUUUUUUUGAUAGAAACGACGAGAAAAUUCUUGAUAUGUUACUAGCUUAUAUAAAUGGAAUACAAGCGGUUUAUCAUCAUCCAAGUUUAGGAAUUGCAAUCGAUAUUUCUCUUGUUAGACUCGAAAUUAUGCAAAAGCAGCCUGAAGAUUUACCGCAUCAUGAUGGGGAACGAGGAAAAUUAUUGGAUUCUUUUUGCAAUUAUGCUAAAAAGAAUAAUCCCGCGAAUGAAUUUAAUCCUAAUCAUUGGGAUAUGGGAUUAUAUGUUUCUGGUUUGGAUUUUUAUGUUAUGGAAGGUGGACAAAAAAAUAGUGCUACUAUGGGAUUAGCUAUUGUAAAUGGAUUAUGUAUCGAAGAAUAUUCUUGUGUUAUUGCUGAAUUAGGCGUAACGAAUCAAUUUGGGAAACCUUUUCCAUCAGCUGGUUUCACAUCUAUUUAUGUAGCUGCGCAUGAAAUGGGACAUAAUUUAGGAAUGCAUCAUGAUUCAACGGGAAACAAAUGUCCAAAAGAUGGCUACAUAAUGUCUCCCAGCAGAGGUAUUAAUGGAGAGACUAUUUGGUCAGAAUGUAGUCGGGAAAUAGCACAAAAGCUUCCAUAUACAAAAUCUUGCCUCAGAGAUAAAUCAAUUCAUUCUUCGAUGAAUAAUCGACUAGAUCAUACAAAGUUCUUUAAUCUCCCAGGAAGAGAAUGGACCGCUAAAAAACAAUGUGAAAUGUUUCUCCGAGACAAGGAUGCCAUGGUGGUCACAUUCUAUAAAGCUUGCGAAUCUUUACAAUGUAAAACUCCUCAUAGAAACGGUUAUUAUUUCGCUGGACCAGCUCUAGAUGGAACUUAUUGCGCACCAGGAAAAGAGUGUCGCGGUGGUGAAUGUAAAAAUAUCUUACAAAUUUAUCCCGGUUUAAAUAAUCCUUCUAUUGAACCAGGUGGAUGGAGUGAGUGGAAAACAGAACCUUGCAAAAGUGGAUGUCUAUUGAAGUCUACCGGUGUUCAAAUAAGACAACGAUUUUGCAAUACAUCAAUACCAAAAAACACAGAAAUUGAUUGCCAGGGAUUACAUUUCGAUAUCAUCCUUUGUAGAGAUGAAAAUCUAUGCAACAAAAAACGUAAAAACAUAAAUGAGUUCGCGACACUAAAAUGUGGAGAAUUCAGUAAAAAAUUGCCAGAAUUGGACGCUAAAAGUAGUGGAUUGCAGGCACUGCACGAGCCCGAAAGACCAUGGAUGGCCUGUGCUAUAUUCUGUCGACGAAAAGACAUAGCAUCUUAUUACACACCGCGUGUGGAAUUAAAUGACCUUGGCCUUGACCCAUACUUUCCAGAUGGUACAUGGUGUCAUACUGAAGAGGGACAAAAUUAUUUUUGUCGUCAACAUCACUGUCUUCCCGAGAAUUUUCAUUUUGAAAAAUUGAAUAACCAUCAAAACGACGAUGCAGAAUUCGAUCCUCAAAAUGCGCUUACAAGAGAAAUUCGUCUUAAUGAUCAAGUAAUCAAAUAUUUGAAUUUGAGGCCUGAUGGAUUACCCUUCUUGACUUCUCUUCCAUACAAUAUUAGAUUUCCACAAGAUGAGAAUGAAUGGAUCGAUAAAGAUUACAUAUAA